GAAGAAGAAUUAAACUCCAAUAUCGUUCAUGGCUGGAUCACAUGUUCCAAAAUUUGGGAAUUGGGAUGGCGAAAAUGUGCCAUACACAGCUUAUUUUGAGAAUGCGCGCAAAAGUAAUAAUAAAGGAGGUAAAAUGAUAAAUCCAAAUGAUCCAGAGGAGAAUCCAGAGGCCUUUGCAUGUUGCGGAGAUGAGGAUGCUAGCAUUAACAUUUCUCCUACGAAAACUCCUUUAGUCGAAAAACAUCAGUACCAAUAUGGUCAUCGCAGAAAUCCUUCUGCAGAGUCGGGCCAAAACAAGAGUAUUGGCCCGACUAAUUCAAAUUCAGAGUCCUUUGGGGAUAGUCAGAGCAUUUCUGGUUUUUCAGUUAACCAGCCAACACGACGAAGAAGAACAUCUGAUGUUAAGAAGAAUAAGAACGAUCGUGGCAAUGGAUUCGUUCCUCCAAGUCCGAAUAGACUGAUGAAAAAUAGCAGAAAUCCAUCUGAUGAUCUUUCUUGUUCAUCAGCAGCAUCAGUACCAAAAUUUGGGGCAUGGGAUGAGAAAGACCCGAAAUCCGGAGAAGGAUUUACAGUAAUUUUCAACAAAGUUAAAGAGGAAAAGCAUAUAGCAGCUGCAAAAUUCCCUAUUGUGCAGCCACAAUCAAACAUGUCUUCAUCAAAUAAUCGCAAGAAAAAUACCAAAUCAAAGGUGUUUUGUUGCCUUUUUUGAAGAUCUACAUGCUCAAGUUAAAAAGAAACAAAAACAUAUAUUAGUGUUUUGUUUAGAAGGUGCAUUGACUAAGUAUAUGUAUUAAUGUUUUCUUGUAGUUGUGGAAAGAACAAUUGGUUACAUUUAAUCCAAAUUUUGGUCAUAAUAUGUUAGAAUAAUUUGAAAUAUAACA